AUGCCGUCCGCUGUGGCGAGCCAUUCGCACCGGCCGACGACCAAGGUCAACAACAAGGGCUUCAAGUCGAAAAAGGCUACCAAGAGUGCUCUGAGGGAUCAAGCCAAAGGCAAGGUCCCCAAUGAGCGUCGAAAGACCCCCCACCAACAAGUCAUGUCCAAGCUCGACCGUCGAAACCAGGCCAAGCAGAGGCAGGCCACCAAGCAUAAGGAGCACCAGAGGGAGGCGUCCGUCUUCGCCGGCCGUGACGGCGCCCCUCGGAAUGUUGCAGUCAUCCCGCUCUGCGCCGACGGCGAUGCAACCACUGCGAUCCGAUUCUUGAACCAGAGCAUUGACCUGGACCAGAAAGUGGCUCUGGGCACCACUCGCGUGCCAGUGGAUCGGUUCAAGCAGAAGCUUCAAUACAUCGCGGUUCCUCGUGAUCUCACAGCCUGCCUGGAUGCCGCCCGUGCCGCCGAUUUUGUCGUGCUGAUCCUAUCGGCCGACGUGGAGGUGGACGAUCUCGGCGAGCUGAUCCUUCGCAGCGUGGAGAGCCAGGGCCUGUCGACUCUGUUCACCGUUGUGCAGGGUCUGAGCAAGAUCGAGCCUGCGAAGCAGAGGAAUUCCGUCCUCGACUCGCUGCGGUCAUUCAUUACGCAUUUCCACCCGGAGCAGCACAAGAUCUACAGCCUCGAGAACAGGCAAGAAUGCUCCAACCUGAUGAGAUCGCUCUGCAGCACAAUGCCAAAGGGAAUCAAGUGGCGCGACGAUCGGAGUUGGAUGGUGCUGGAAGACGUUCGCUUUGGGGACUCAGAGGAAGCCUCCACCGUGCUCACUGGUGUAGUCAGGGGCAAGGGUCUCAAGGCAGACCGUCUUGUGCAGGUGGGUGACUGGGGCACAUUCAAAAUCGAAAAGAUUACGGCUGCUCCUCUGUCGAAGAGGGGCAAGAAGUCGGACGAGGGCAUGAACGUGGAUGACGAGGCCGAGAACGAGCUGGACCGCCCGACCGAGGAUCAAGAUGACCUGGCCGAUUUGGCGCCGGAAGAGGUGCUCAUGGACGACGCAGAUGGUGACCUUGACCUGGAUGAUGCUACUUCGGUGGCACCAUCGACAAAGAAGGGAGUUUUGCUGGAUGACCAUCACUACUUUUCGGAAGACGAGGGGGACACGGCGAUAGAGAAGAGAAGGGUACCCAAAGGCACUUCGAAAUAUCAAGCUGCUUGGUACCUGGACGACAACGUGUCCGACUCGGGCUCUGAUAUGACAGACAUCGAGAUGGAGGAAGAGGAGGAGGAGGGUGACGAUGUUGCAGCACCUGAGGAUGGUAUGGAGGGAAUUGUGGAUGACGGCCAGACUGAGGCUGGCCUGUCAGAAUACCCUCGGUCAGAAGCCGCCUUCAUGGAGCUUGAUGAGGAAGAAGAUGCGGCACAACUGGCGCAGUACAGGUCCAAGAAGAAGGACGAGGCCGAGGAGGAUAUGGAGUUCCCGGAUGAGAUCGAACUGCACCCUCAUGUCCUGGCACGCGAGAGGUUGGCGAGGUACCGAGGACUGAAAAGUCUGCGGACGAGCUCCUGGGAGCAGGACGAGGAUAGGGCGCACGAGCCCGAGGAGUGGCGCAGGCUCCUGCAGGUUCAGGACUACCAGGCCUCGCGAGUGCGAUCUGUGCGCGAGGCUCUUGUGGGAGGUGUGCAAGCUGGCACACGCGUCCAUGUUCAUAUCAGCGGCGUGCCCUCCGAGGUCAAGGCCAGUUUCGACCCAGCCAGGCCCGCCACUCUGUUCUCUCUGCUCCGGCACGAGAACAAGCGGGCCGCAGUCAACUUUCUCAUCAAUUUGAGCUCAGAUCACCCCAAGUCCAUCAAGUCGAAGGAGGAGUUGAUCAUCCAGUACGGCCCUCGGCGGUUUGUGAUCCACCCCCAGUUCUCGCAGGGCGACAACACACCCAACGAUGUCCACAAGUACUGCCGCUUCCUCCACCCAGGCCAGUCUGCAGUAGCGACGUUUAUGGGGCCGGUGAUGUGGGGUGCCGUGCCAGCACUCUUCUUCAAGAGGUCUGCGCCUGAUGAGGAGAAGGGCGAGGACGAGUCCGACCUGCCUUUGACGCUGGUCGGCACCGGCACUGCCCUGUCACCAUCUACAUCUCGCGUCAUCGCCAAGCGAAUCAUCCUGACCGGCCACCCUUACCACAUUCACAAGAAGAUCGUCACGAUCCGCUACAUGUUCUUCAACCGCGAGGACGUGGACUGGUUCAAGGCUCUACCCCUGUGGACGAAGAGGGGCCGCAGCGGCUACGUCAAGGAGCCUCUGGGCACGCACGGAUACUUCAAGGCUACGUUUGAUGGGCGGAUCAACCCUCAGGACAGUAUCGGUGUCAGCCUGUACAAGAGGGUAUGGCCUCGCAAUGCGAUGCCACUCACAACAUCUCUGCUGGAUCCUUCAGAGGUGCCGGCACAGGAUGAGGAUGAUGAUGCGAUGGCGGUUUGA